AAGGAGACUGUUUUGGUGAGUUGAGGAAAGUUCAUUGAAAUCGUUUGUGGCUUUUAAAGCGUUGAAUGUGACGAGUGUUCGCUGCAGUUGACAGAUGAGUCUUUAAACUCGACCCGGGGACGAUGAGCGGAAGCUGUCAACCUGUAGUUCGAGUCGUAAACACGUCCUCGCUCCUCGUCGCGCAGCUCCAUUGUUGUUAGCUUCUUGUUUUGUGCUAACUGGCUCCGCGCGACAAGAUGGCUCGUCUGUUUUGAAAGUGUUCGCUCGCAUUCCCCACGCUCACAACCACAGACACGUCGGUAACUCGUCUGUUAUGACACGUUCAAUAGAGGUCUGUGCUUGUUGUCGUCGAUUAAUUCAGUUUUCAGCAGCUUUCACUUGUUGGUUUCGCCACAGCAGACGUAACUUUGCUCGGUUUUGAAUUUUAAACCGUGGUGACAUCUAUCACUCUUUAUCAGUGUAUACCAUCACAGCAGACAUGUUGUUCUCUGUGGUUAAAGUGGUUUGUUUGACUGGUAUCAUCGCCAACCGUCCGCGUUGAAUGAAUGAGCUUCGUCUGCGCGUGCGCACGGAAUCUCAAAGUUUAUAAACAAGAGGGAGUCACAUGACGACACAUUGUGAAAUAGAUAAACACGCUCCCGUCGCCUGCGGAAUGCGACUAUUUCACGGUGUUAUUCCCCAAAGUCCGCAUCACCGGAUCGGAGCGUUGAGCAGAUGAACGCAAUGGAUCUUUGUCAAUGUGUCUAUACUUAGCUGGCAGCCGUCCCGAUGCGACCCUGUGUCCCCCCGUCACCCCAAACCAUAUCCCUCCGGAUCAUGUUCCCCCUCCUCUGCGUGGGUGGAACGUUUAUGUCAGGAUUGUAAUGUGACACUUAUGUGUAGAUUCAACUUCCCAGCAGAUCCAGUGCUCUAAAGCAGGGGUCUUCAACGUUUUUCAGGCCAAGGACCCCCAAACUUGUGGAGCGAUGGAGCAGGGACUCCCUACUAUAUAUAUAUAUAUAUUGUAUAAAAUUGUGUUUUAUAUUCAACUGGGCCUAGUGCCAUGUAUAAACAUAGCUACCCUGUUAUUGUGCAUUCAAUACUAAGCUAUUCAAAUAUUACACAGGUUCAUAUAUUCCUGUUUUUAAUGUAAACAUGUGCAAGGUACAGGGUGGCCAUGCCACUGCCAUUUAUAAACAUACAUCUUGCAUACAACAGUGAGCUAUUAAAGCAAUUCACAGAUUCAUGUUUUUAUUUUAAACAUGCAUGUAGAAGAGACAGUGAAUCUUCAAGCCAUCUGUGGAUUGCACACAUACUCCCACAUUAGUGAGAUGUCUGACCCUGAUGGGUAGCACACAACUUAUCUAAUCUUGGGCGGAUGGGGGUUGUCGGGCAGAGGGUCAAAUCAGCCUCACAAUAUGUCGGAUGCAUGUUAAUGUGUAUUUAAAGACAUUUAAACUUGUGGGAAAAAAAUUGGUUAGAAAAAAAAAAAUUUGUCUCAUCAACCAAAGAUUUCGCGACCCCCCUGCAGUACCUCCGCGUUCCCCCUAGGGGUCGCGAACCCCCUGUUGAAGACCUCUGCUCUAAAUGACAUCAUGGUGUGGGAGGUGGUGACCCCAGCUGUGCUGUCCGGCGACCCCAAGAUCCACAAGGUCCGGGAGCCAGAGCUUCAGGCUGAACACACAGUAGUGAUGACGGAUGUAGAAGGGGACCAGUCACAUGAGCUGCUCCGCUGUGACGAGCACUUCCCCUCCUCACCUGGCUGCCCCACCAGUGACAGCCACAUGGAAUAUGAUGACCUUCCAGAUUUACAGGAGGUUCGGGAGGAGGCGGAGCCAACAGCGCCACCUGUGUACCAGGUGGGGGUGUGUGUGUCCCACCAGUGUGUCCCACCAGGAGGUGCAUACACAAUGGCACACAGCCCACAGCCUCCUGACACACGCUGGCUCACGCAGCUGGCUCACAUCGCCACCGGGCCCCAGAGCCCCCUGCUGCAGGGGUCUCCUCACAGCAGCUCCUCCCUGGUGUGCAUCUCCAGGAUCAGCAGUGAUCUACAUUCCUACGCCCGGCCUCCUCCUCCUCCUCCUCCUCUCCCCAGCAGCUCCCUGUCGCCCCCUCGAGGCCAUGGGAGGGAGCGUCGACACAGCAGGACGAGCAGUGAAUGUGGCUCUGCCGUGUCGACCAGAUCCUCUCUCUCUGAUGACGAAGACAUGGGCUGGAGCUUCUCCUGGCCCCCCACUGCUUGGCACUGUUUUCUCAAAGGCACUCAUCUGCGUUUCCACAGUGGCCGUAACGUAGAGUGGCAGGAAGCUGAGGAGUUGGAUUCUGCUGAGAAAGACUCCAGAUCUCUGAAGAGUUACGGCUCUGAGGGUCUGCAGCUGGUGGAGCGCUCGGAGGCGGUGUUGUCUGGUCGCGCCGUCCUACAGCUGACCUUUGACCCCGGUGCAUUUGGACAUGUGCCUAUGACCGCCCGGUGCCAACUCGACCACCCCUUCUAUGUGAAAAACAAAGGAUGGUCAUCCUUCUACCCAAGUUUGACUGUGGUGCAUUAUGGGAUACCGUGCUAUGAAAUGAAGGUAGGAGACGUUUGCCUGCCUCCAGGACACAGAGAUGCCAAACACACAGACGACUCACUGGUCUUCGACGCCUUUAGGAGUCACGAUUUCACUCCUCUGGACUCGUCUGCGGUUUACGUGUUGAGCAGCAUGGCCAGACGGCGGCGGGCCUCCCUGUCCAUCGCAGGAGCUGCUUCUCCAGACAGAGACGCACCACAUGGUGGAGAAGCCCACAGUCCCAGCCACUCCAGCUCUCCUCAUCAAAAGCCAAUCAGGGGCCAGCCUGCCGGUGCACAGAAAGGAAGUAAUGCCCCGCCUGUUAAGUGCAAGAGGCCAAUGAACGCCUUCAUGCUGUUCGCCCAGAAGUUCAGGGUGGAGUACACGCAUAUGUACCCGGGCAAAGACAACAGAGCGAUCAGUGUCCUCCUUGGCGAGCACUGGAAGAAAAUGCGAAAUGAGGAGAGGCGGGCGUUCACCCUACAGGCCAAAGCCCUCGCAGACGAACAGAAAAGACUCAACCCAGACUGUUGGAAACGCAAACGAACCAACUCUGGUUGUCAGUGAAAUUAAGGCCACAGAGAUGAAAAGAGGACAAACACAAAUAUGAGAAAGUGACAAAGAAAAGAAAAACCGUGCUGAGCCUAAUACUUUGCUUGGAUAUAAGAUUUGAUAUACAGACGGGCCUUGAACUCCCUAAGCGAAAGAUUUACUUCCGCUUUUUUUAAAGAUUCUGCCAAACCAUGUCUCGGUCGAAACGAGAGGCAGUGUCUGCUUUCAAAAAAUGUCCCCUUCCUCUCACUUGCUUUUAGAAUGAGCUGAUUGUUCAGAGGCAAACAUCUUUAUACUCUUAUCGUGAAUUAAAACAAGGUGUCUCCAUCUUCAGUGAGGACACAUUUCCAAACUAGAUUAAGACACAGAUCAUCAGGGUUCUCGCUACGACUGGAACUCCACAAGUGAUAAUAGGAAUGUGACAAGAAUAUUACAUUAAAUAAGUGUGAUGAUUUUCAGUUUCUCAUGCUUGGGUGGGCGUUGUGGUGCUGUAGCAUUUAAGUCGAAAAUGUAGCAAUUUCCCCCAAAUUAUACUUAUAUUAUAAAGAAAUAUACAAAUUAUUUAGUGCUUUUUUUUUUACUUGUAAUUGAUGUAUUUCGCAAGAUAUUUGAUGUAAUUCAUCCUGGAAAAUGUAAUAAUUAAGUUAGUAAGUG